AGAAAGGCAGCAAAAGGAUUUUCGCAGCAGACAGAUGAGAGAGAGUGAGAGAGGACAAAGACGAAGAGAAGAAGCAGAGCGGUAGAUGCUCUUGAAUAUCCUCAAACUGCGCUGUUUUCUUUUCUCGAAUCCGUUUGCUUUUGAUGAUAUCCGCCAGAGAUUUUGAUCCGGUUGAUUUUCUUCGGAAGAGAAAUGGUGGAGGAUUUGGUGGGUUUUGAGCUCGAGCUAGGUUUUCUUAGAUUAGGGUUUCUCCGACGCGUUUUUUGAGCUGAAUUUUCUAUGGAUCUGAGGAGGUUGAUGAAGUAGAAGUAGAGAUGGAAAGGGAGAUUGUUGCUUCCGUUCUCGUCUGGUUGAUCCUGGUUUUUGAUCCUCUUACGAAGAUUCAUGCGAACGUUGAAGGUGAUGCUUUGCAUAAGCUACGCUCCAGUUUAAGUGAUCCUAAUAAUGUGCUGCAAAGUUGGGAUCCAACCCUUGUCAAUCCAUGCACAUGGUUCCAUGUCACUUGCAACAAUGAAAAUAGUGUUAUAAGAGUUGAUCUAGGAAAUGCAGAUUUAUCUGGUACACUGGUCUCGGACCUUGGCCUGCUUAAAAAUUUGCAAUACUUGGAACUUUAUAGCAACAACAUAAGUGGGAUAAUUCCUACUGAGCUUGGAAAUUUGACCAACUUGGUGAGCUUGGAUCUGUAUUUAAACAAAUUCACUGGUGUCAUACCUGAUACAUUGGGCAAGCUAACAAUGCUCCGUUUCCUCCGGCUUAAUAACAAUAGCCUGUCGGGUCUAAUUCCUAUGUCUUUAACGGCGAUUACUGCACUGCAAGUUCUGGAUCUAUCCAACAAUCAGUUGACGGGAGAAGUUCCAUCAAAUGGCUCCUUCUCACUGUUCACCCCCAUCAGUUUUAAUAAUAACAAGUUAUGUGGCGCGGUUGCUGGAAAAGCUUGCCCAGGAGCUCCUCCUUUUUCUCCACCUCCUCCAUUUGUUCCACCACCGCCAAUUUCAUCUCAAGGAGGAAAUAGUGCCUCCACUGGAGCAAUUGCUGGGGGAGUGGCGGCAGGUGCUGCUCUACUGUUUGCUGCGCCUGCAAUUGCAUUCGCAUGGUGGCGACGUCGGAAGCCGCAAGAGCAUUUCUUCGAUGUGCCCGCUGAAGAGGAUCCAGAAGUUCAUCUGGGCCAGCUCAAAAGAUUUUCUCUACGAGAACUACAAGUUGCAACUGAUAGUUUCAGCAACAAGAACAUUUUGGGCAGAGGUGGAUUUGGGAAGGUGUACAAGGGACGGCUGGCAGAUGGGUCGCUUGUUGCCGUGAAGCGGCUCAAGGAAGAGCGUACACCGGGUGGGGAGCUACAAUUUCAGACAGAGGUAGAGAUGAUCAGCAUGGCUGUUCAUCGGAACCUCCUCAGGCUACGAGGUUUUUGCAUGACACCCACGGAACGCUUGCUUGUCUAUCCAUAUAUGGCCAAGGGAAGUGUUGCAUCAUGUUUAAGAGAGCGUCCGGAAUCAGAACCACCACUUGAUUGGCCAAACCGUAAGCGGAUUGCGUUGGGAUCUGCAAGAGGGCUUUCGUACCUGCAUGAUCACUGUGAUCCAAAGAUCAUUCACCGAGAUGUGAAAGCUGCAAAUAUCUUAUUGGAUGAGGAGUAUGAGGCGGUUGUUGGUGACUUUGGCUUGGCUAAACUUAUGGACUACAAGGAUACCCACGUGACAACUGCUGUCCGUGGCACAAUUGGGCAUAUCGCCCCUGAGUACCUCUCCACAGGGAAGUCUUCAGAGAAGACUGAUGUUUUUGGCUACGGGAUCAUGCUUCUGGAACUGAUCACUGGACAGAGAGCAUUUGAUCUUGCUCGGCUUGCAAAUGAUGACGAUGUUAUGCUUCUUGACUGGGUGAAAAGUCUUCUGAAAGAGAAGCAGUUGGAGAAGUUAGUCGACCCUGAUCUUCAAGGCAUCUAUGUGGAAGCCGAGGUGGAGCAGCUGAUCCAGGUCGCAUUGCUCUGCACUCAGGGCUCCCCAGUUGACCGCCCCAAAAUGUCGGACGUGGUGAGGAUGCUUGAAGGUGAUGGAUUGGCAGAGAGAUGGGAGGAAUGGCAGAAGGUGGAGGUGGUUCGCCAGGAAGUCGAGCUGCUCCCCAACCGGAACCAUUCUGAGUGGAUCAUCGACUCCACCAAUGAUCUUCGAGCCUUCGAGUUAUCCGGCCCAAGGUAACAUCGCCACCACAGAAGAAGGCAAGGGGAAUUAUUUACCCAUGUUAUUUUUCUUCACUUGCAUCCUGUGCCAUCUAUAAAAGCCCAUCUGUGCCCAACAAGUUGAGAAAAUCUGUGUAUAUAUGAAUCUGCAGGCCAUUGUAUAAUCUGCAAUCAUUUCUUGAUUAUGUGUAUUGUUUAAGGGAUGCCAUGUGGCAGUUACCUUAACACAGGAGGUGGUCUGCAGACUCAAGCAGACCACCUCAAGCAAGAAGGCAGUCUAGUCAUGGCUGAUGCGACAGGGAUGGGUGGGGUUUGUAGUAACACGCCUGAUGCUAAGGGAGUAAAAAAGAACCUUGGUACUUUGCUUGGCUAUGUAAACAAUUUGGAGGGUGUUUUUUUUAGUCCUUUUGGCAGGCGUUGAGGGCCUUUUGUUCAGUAGUUUGCUAAGUGUGCUAUGAAGGAGAGUAUGAGUGUUGUAAUAACAAGUGGGGCAUUGGAAUCCCAGCAGCAUGCAUCUCCAUUUACAUGGUGAAAUUUGGUUCCAUAAAGAUGAUCUUAUGUUUCAGUCAAUGAGUAUUAUUUUCUCA